GGGGGGGGAAGGAAGGGAACAAGAUGGCGGCGCUGGGGCGGCUCUUUCUAACCACUCCCCAAACAAGCCUGGUUGCUGUCAGAUGGGCUUCUAAGAAAAGCGGGGGCAGCUCCAAAAACUUGGGUGGCCGCAGCCCUGGGAAACGCUACGGAUUCAAAAAAGUAGAAGGUGCCUUUGUCCACGCAGGCAACAUUUUGGCUACGCAGCGGUUGAUCCGCUGGCAUCCUGGCGCUCACGUGGGGAUGGGCCGUAACAACACACUCUACGCCCUGGAGGACGGGAUUGUGAGAUACACCAAGGAGGUCUAUGUGCCCCCGCCCCGCAGCAGCGAGAGCAGGGACGUGAUCUGCCGCCUGCCCAAAGGAGCAAUCCUUUAUAAAACCUUCAUCAGUGUCAUCCCCAACACAGAGGUAGGAAGCUUCAAACUGGUCAAACUGCUCUGAGCCUCCUGCGUCACGUGGAUGGGAAGGACAGACCACUACGGCUGGACUGGCAUCUGAGGAUGAGAGUAUUCUAGCUCUGGAGAUACCAGUUUAGGACUUGGUUUUGCUACUAAAGCACGGGUGGUCAGUGUUCAGGCACUGGGAUCACCUGCUGGCAUUUGUAAGAGUGUUUAAUAAAUGCAGUGGGGCAUUGGGUGAA